GCAGAGGCAGGCAGAUCUCUAUGUGUUCGAGUCCCACUGGUCUAGAAAUUUAUUUUUUCACAAACAAACAAAUCCACUUAAUGGUCAUUUUGUCAUAGGAUUCAGAAUAUAGCAUGGCCAAACAUCAUUACAAUCACUCAUCAUUUUUAUGGGGUCAUUAGCGUAAUCAGAUCUGUUUAUCAGGACACUUCUUGAGAGGUUGUUGCCAGGAAUGGAGGCUAUGGCAUCCCUUCUAGCAGAGUUCUGAAGUAGACGAAGCAGACGAGAGCUGAACAGAGCAGAAAGGUUUAGAGUUCGGGAAACUGGUGCAGAAAGAGGAAUAUAGCACACCAGGAUCCCACCCAGAUUCUGGGCUGCUUCAGCCAAUUCCGAUGAAAGGGGCCUUAAACUGCAAAGUGACUUGGGAGGGAGGAGAAGAUCUGUAUGGACCCAGCUGUGUCUGGCUGGCCCUGGAGCUGCUUGAUGGCUGGAGGGGGCAGCAUCCUGCAGUCUUGGAGGGCAGGGGAACCCUUAACUUUAAAGACUCAGUGCUUAGCAUGGUGUAUAAGAGGAUACUUGGGAACCCCGGGGCAUGUGUAGGACACAUCUGGAGCAUGAAUGGGGCACAUUUAAAUUCUACCUGGGGUUAUCUGAUGGGCACCAUUAGAUCAUGUCAGACUGUUGUGUUCUAGUGCAGGACCAUACUGUAUCAUCUCAGGGAAGAUCAUAUAUGUUCAUAACAGUGCCCCUGUCUAAGGGGCAGGGUGUGUCAGGACAUGUCAGAGAGCUGAAAUAGACAGUGUGUCCCUGCCUCCAUAAAGACAUUUAUAAAGGUGUUGUACUGGGUUCAGAUAUGGAGGAUGUGGUGGACUAUGUAGCAGCCACAUGAAGGCGUCAGGCUCAAGUUGGCUCUUCCUGCUGCUGCAGCCUGGUCUAGCCUUGUCUCACCUCCUUCCUCCUCCCUGCUUCCUUUGUCCCUGUCCCCUCUUGUCUUGGAGGGGGAGUGCACAGCCCUGGGGCUGAGAGUCCCCAUCCGCUCCCCAAAUUCAACUUUCACUUCUCCACGGCCCCUGAUGGUCCUUCACGGCAGCUGCGGUGGCCCCUAAGGAAAUGAUUUUCUAUGGCUUCCUGAAGCCAUGGCUGGGGGAUGGGCUGUUGGUGAGUGCUGGUGAGAAAUGGAGUCACCAUCGUCAUCUGCUGACGCCUGCCUUCCACUUUGACAUCCUGAAGCCCUAUGUGAAGAUUUUUAACAAGAGCGUGAACAUCAUGCACGCCAAGUGGCGGCGCCUGACCACCAAGGGCAGCGCCCGUCUGGACAUGUUCGAGCACAUCAGCCUCAUGACGUUGGACAAUCUGCAGAAAUGUGUCUUCAGCUUCGACAGCAACUGUCAGGAGUCUCCGAGUGAAUACAUUGCUGCCAUUUUGGAGCUCAGCUCCCUCAUAGUGAAACGGCACCAUCGGGUUAUCCUGUACAUGGACUUCCUGUACUACCUCACUCCUGAUGGGAGGCGCUUCCGCAAGGCCUGUGACAUGGUGCACAACUUCACAGAUGCUGUCAUUCAGGAGAGGCGUAGUAACCUUGCUAGCCAGGGUGUUGAUGACUUCCUCAAGGCCAAGACGAGGUCUAAGACUUUAGACUUCAUCGAUGUGCUCCUGCUGGCCAAGGAUGAACAUGGAAAGGAGCUGUCAGAUGAGGACAUCCGGGCAGAGGCUGACACCUUCAUGUUUGGAGGCCAUGACACCACAGCCAGUGCACUCUCCUGGAUCCUGUACAACCUGGCGAGACACCCGGAAUACCAGGAGCGCUGCCGGCAGGAGGUGCGGGAGCUGCUGAGGGACCGAGAGCCUGAGGAGAUUGAAUGGGACGACCUGGCCCAGCUGCCCUUCCUGACCAUGUGCAUCAAGGAGAGUCUGCGGCUGCAUCCUCCGGUCACGGUGAUCUCCCGCUGCUGCACCCAGGACGUUGUGCUCCCAGAUGGCCGGGUCAUCCCGAAAGGGAACGACUGUAUCAUCAGCAUCUUUGGGGUUCAUCACAACCCUUCAGUCUGGCCAAACCCUGAGGAACUGCAUAGGACAGACUUUCGCCAUGAACGAGAUGAAGGUGGCGCUGUCGCUCACCCUGCUGCGCUUCCGCGUCCUGCCCGACGACAAGGAGCCGCGCCGGAAGCCGGAGCUGAUCCUGCGCGCAGAGGGCGGGCUGUGGCUGCGGGUGGAGCCGCUGAGCAUAGGCGCUCAGUGACUGGGCCUGGAACUGCCCCACCCACCCUUCUCAGACGAUCCCGAAUAAGGGGAGCCUCACCGAGAGCCAGUAGGGGGCGAUGCAGGACAGCAGAGAACCACCGGCGGCCUGGAUGAGACGAGGUGGGGCUGGUUUCCUCCUGGGUCAUCCACAGGACAUGUAGGCUGAUGGGAGUCGCACCCAAGCUCAAGCAUGGACUUAUUCUUUUGGAGAUGGGGAACCACAGAUGUUUACCUGCAGCUUAGGAUCUGUCACCUAAGCAUACUCGACAGUUUUCUUUUUUCUUUCGUUUUUGAGAUAGGGUCUCACUACAUAGCUUUUAGUAGCUUGGAGCCCACAGCACAGACCAGGCUGGCCUCAUUAUCCUCAGUGCUGUAAUUAGAAGAGUGGGUCACUGUGCCUGGCUUGUUACAUCCGAAGGGAUAUUUAUAGAAAUGAAGGACAGUUUCUCAGGAGAGAAGCCUGGGAACCCUUGAGAAUGAUGUUAAGUGAUGUUCAAAGCUUGUGAUGUCCAAGGCCACUAAGGCAACUUAAAUUUAAAGUGAAAUCACUCUAGCAGGCUCCCUGUGUGGUGUUGUUCUUCUGGGUUCCCCCUUACUCCUCUUGGGGCUCACUAGUCAGCCAGCCUUGCUCAAUCAGAGAGCUCCUGGUUCAGUGAGAGAUUCUGUCUCAGGAAAUAAGGUGGAUAGUAAUGAACAAAGACACCCGACAUAAACCCCUGGCCUCCUCAUGGCCAUGUCUCUGUGUGCCCUGCACACACAAACUCCUUUUUCUAUCUCUUCCAGGAUUUGGUUUCUUCCAUUCUACCAGAAAGUCAUUAAAAACUGUUGGAGUUGGAAGCUAGCCUGGACUCUAUAGAAAGUUUGAGGCUAGCAUUGUGAGACCUGGUCUCAAAACUUAAAAGUGAGAAAUGACUUUAGAGAAAUAAUGUGCACCCCCCCCCCUUAAAUCUCUAGUGUUCUGUUCUUGUUUAUAGACUGUCUUUGUGGUUUGGGCAAUACUCUUGUUGAAGACCAGGCCUUGUAUGUGUUACACAAGUUUUCUACCAUUGAGCUACACACCUUGCUGA